CAGGGAUGCCUGGCUGGGAGGUAGGCGACUGAACAGCGGGGAUGGAAGGGAGAGGACCCUACCGCAUCUACGACCCUGGCGGAGGCUCAGAGGAGAAUGGAUCCACAGCCUUUGAGCGGCUGGUGGAGGAGAACACCCGGCUGAAGGAGAAGAUGCAGGGGAUCAAGUCUAUUGGAGAGCUGCUGGAGGAGUCCCAGGUGGAGGCAUCCAAGCUGCGGCAGAAGGCAGAGGACCUUGUGAAGGACAAGAAAAUGCUGAUGGCAUCAUCUUCCUUGGAGGACCUGGUGGAAACCGGAGCCGUCAGCCCUGAUCCCAGCUCCACACGGGCUGCCCUGGGCAGUGCCCAGCCGGACACGGAAGCACGAAAAUCUCCUCCAAAUGGAUCCUCCUCGGAGUUUGAGAUCGUUGCUGUGGAAGCACAGGGGUUUUCCCAGGAGAGCGGGAGAGCGGAUGCCAACCUGCGGCCCCAGCUGCAGCAGCUGGAGAGCACACUGAGCGGCUGUGCCAAGGAGGCCAGCAAGGACCAGGUCUUCGUCCGCAUGGGCUACAUGGCCUCCGAGCUCAAGCGCCUGGCCUCCAAGGUGCACAAGAAUGAGCAGAGAACAUCAUUCCUGCAG